CGCACGGCGCGGUGUAUUUUCCCGUUGCAUAGUUAUUACAUCAGUGGGAAGCGACGAGUUGAGAGAGGGACCGCUCGCUUGCUGUAGUUGUUCGUAUUGUCUGGGCGGCGCAUCGAAUACACCCUUUUUUAUCCAUUAGCAACUCCUUCUGUCUCGUUUCCAACCCGUGCCACUGAAAUGUCGGUUAAUGAAAUGUUCAGCGGCAUUCAGGGAUUCCUCAGUGCGGAUCAGGAUGUCAGAGAGGAUAUCAGAAAAGUCGUGCAGGGACUGGAGCAGACUGCGAGGGAAAUUCUUACAGUGCUCCAGAGUGUGCAUCAGGCCUCUGGGUUUAAAGACAUUCCUAGUAAAUGCCAAAGGGGCCGGGAGCUGUUCUGCACAGUGAGGAGUCACCUGGGAGACCUGAAGACUAAGUUUCCUGCAGAGCAGUAUUACAGGUUUCAUGAGCACUGGAGGUUUGUUUUACAGCGUCUGGCUUUUCUAGCAGCCUUCGUUGUGUAUCUGGAAAGUGAAACGCUAGUGACUCGAGAAGAGGUCACACAGAUACUAGGCAUUGAAGUGAACAGAGAAAAAGGCUUUCACCUUGACAUUGAGGAUUAUCUGUCGGGUGUUCUGACUAUGGCCAGUGAGCUGUCCAGACUGGCUGUGAACAGCGUCACUGCGGGAGAUUACAGCCGGCCCCUGCGAAUCUCCAACUUCAUCAACGAGCUGGACUCGGGCUUCCGUCUCCUGAACCUGAAGAACGACCCGCUGCGCAAGCGCUACGACGGGCUCAAGUACGACGUGAAGAAGAUCGAGGAGGUGGUGUACGAUCUCUCCAUCAGGGGGCUGGCCAGGGAGCCGGGGAGCGGCGGAGAGGAAUAGAAACACGAGAGGGGGCCGGGAAUGCGAUCGCUCGUCUGCUCGGCUUUGUGUUCGAUAGGAGCCAGUAUUCAAAACAAGGGAACGAGGGGGGUGGCUGCGUUCUCUUAGGAUAAAGCCGCGUUCUCUUAGGAUAAAGCCGCGUUCUCUUAGGAUAAAGCCGCGUUCUCUUUGCAUUGCUCUGUUCAUUUGACUUGUAAUUUGCGAAUGGAAUUAAGAACGGGGGCGACCAAACGUUUUUGAAAUGGUCGCCUCGCUGUUAUCCAGGAAACCGUUCAGAAGAAACUCAGAACGCAGCCGUUCAGUCGUCGUGCAUCACCAGAGUAGACCAGUAACUCUUCUCUGUGUUUCCUAUUGCGUUUCACAUCUUCAAGAGAAAAGGUAAUGGUAGUGAAAUAACACACAAAUAACACACGGGGCUUCACAAAUACCCCAUGCUACAUCACAAGAUCUUCACAGUGCAUUGGAAAACAAUAGCAAUUGAUGCAGCUCUCUGCAGUGUGCGUGUUGCAAGGGUUACUGAUAUGCUUUUGUAAUAAUUCAGUGUAGCCAUAUUUCAAUUUUCAAUUUUUUUUUUUUUUUUUUUUCAAUUUAUUAUUAUUUUUUUUUAAGAUGCACCAGUCUGAAUUUGGUGUUGCAUUAUAAAUGGCAUUUUAGAAAUGCUCCCUGAAAUCUCAAACAGUAGCCCUUUUAAACAUGUACUGUAGGCAUGCAUGUAUUGAAUACAAUGUAGUUAUUGUCCACACUAACUCUUCUAUGGUCUUUGUCAUGCACCAUGUCAUCUUCCACGACACUCAAUUACUGCUAUUAUAGGAUUUAAAAAUCACAGAAUACGUCCAGCGAUACAGUUCCUAGAGUCACACAGAUUUUUUUAAAUGGUUCGAUACAGAAUCUUUCAUGUGUUGUAUUGUUUUAAAUUUACACAACUGGGCACGCUAGAAAGAGGCACCUUGUUACUUCACCUUGGUGCAUGGCUACUGUGUAUUUAGCACAUUCAAGGAAACCGUAUCCCCUUUGUGAAACCUGUUUAUCUUACAUGUGCUCUAUUUCAUUAGUUUGUUUUAGAUCCUCAAAAGCAUGGCAGUAACACUACUUUUGAAAUUAUAAUGUAUACCAAAGUGUUUUUUUUUGUUUUGUUUUCAUCACAUGAACUGUAUGAUUUUGAACUUGUAUAAUGUGCUUGUAAAAGAAGAGACAUCAAUCAAUGCCAUGUGUUUAUUAGUCCAGGAGCUGCGUGCGUGUGGAGCAGACACCGAAUCGAUUACUGCCCAAGAACCUUAGAAUUACAGUCAUUGUUCAUAUCCUUACCUCAGCAAAUCUGUGUGCCAACUUUGGAUGACAAGAGAGAGAAACGACUUCCAAAGAAUGCAAAUCCCUCUUUUAAGGCAACAGAAAAAACAGUUUGGGUAGCUGAACUACAGUAAAUGUUUACAUAUAA